AUGGGUGUUUGUGAUGUUAUGUUGAGUAAUCUUACUCUUGUUUAUGUGGCUGUAACGUUUUGUGUUAAAGCUUAUGAGGCUUUAAAUGGAGGAAGCUAUGGCGGUGUAUUUGUGGUGAUUGUUUCAACAACGUUAGUGGCUUUGAUUCUGGUUGCAACCUUAACAUGGGAUUUGUCUCGUAAGUUUAACAAAUGUGUGGUUGUUGUCGACCAACAACAACCUCGUACUAUGUCGUGCUGUAAAGGUGGAAUCUGUUGGCACGGAGUGAUGGAUCGGUCGACGGCGUCACAGAUUCGGUUCAAGAUUCCUCAUCAUCUUCCUCAUGUCAUUUUGUAA